AUGGCGGACAACUUGCGGGACUAUUUCGAGCAGAGUUACCGCGAGGGUGGAACCUUUGAGCGGGGAGACUACGACUUUUUGCCCGAGGAGUGGUGUUGGUUGCACAAGCGCACCGGCAUCAAAGUCUGGGCUGACGCGUUGGACCUCGCCAAAGAAGGCGACGCGCGGGUGGUCUUCCACUACACCGAUGAACUCGCCUUCCGCCGCAUCGUCGGCGGCAAGGCCGCGGAGGUUUGGGCCUCCCUGGUGCCGAGCAGCGGGAGCGGCGCCGCACGAGGCGUCUAUACGGUGCCCAAGCCUCCAGAUGAGUGGCAGGAUUAUGACCGGGCACAGCUGCAGGACAGGCAAGAGUUGCUGGAGAACAACUACCGGCAGACCAUGCGCCGUCAUCGCGAGGAUUUGGAGAAGGGCGAGGAUUAUGUGGCGAAGGCGACAGGAAUCGCGGUUCUAAUCAUUCACCGCCCAGUGAUUCUGGAGGCCUAUCCUCUGAAAGUUGCCCACUGCGUGCCGAUCCUGGUGUCGGCCACCAAAGCGCAAGAGGGGCCGUGCACUUGGCCGCGCCCGCCGCGUCGUGCUGUGCCCGAGCCGUUUUGA